AUGCUUGAUUUGAGUAAAGAAUGGAGCAUCUCCUUUGCUGGUUGCGGUUUUAUGGGGAUUUAUUAUAUUGGAGCCACCAGUUGUAUCCUUGAACGUUUCCCAAGCUUCAUACAAAACGCCACUAAAAUCUGUGGAGCCUCUUCAGGGUCUCUGAUGGCCACUGUCCUCACUGUUGGGAUCCCAUUAGAGAAAUGCUGCCAGAAUUUGAUGUUUAUGGCUAAAGAGGCCAGAAAGCAUAAACUGGGACCCCUGCACCCAGCUUACAACCUGGUGAAGAUAGUGAAGGACUCUCUGCUGGAGAGCCUUCCAGAAGAUGCACAUGUCCGGGCCUCCGGGAGGCUCUGCAUUUCCCUGACCAGAGUGUCCGAUGGGCAGAACGUACUCGUGUCGGAGUUCGACAACAAGGAGGAGCUCAUUGAGGCGCUUGUAUGCAGCUGCUUCGUCCCUCUCUACUGUGGUGUAAUUCCCCCCACUUAUCGAGGCGUGCAUUACGUGGACGGUGCCGUCAGUGACAACUUGCCUAGCGGUCUCCUGAAUAACACCAUCACCUUCGCUGCGUAUGCCGGCGAGAGCGACGUCUGCCCCCGAGGGAGCACGAUCAGCCUCCACGAGGUGCGCGUCAAGAACGUCAGCAUCCAGGUCAACACAGAGAACAUGUACAGAGUCGCCAACACCUUCUUCCCCCCGCCGCCUGAGGUGAUGGCUGAAAUCUGCCAGAAUGGCUACUUGGACGCUCUCCGCUUCCUGCAAGACAACAAUCUAAUCUGCAGUCAGUGUCCCCAGAGAAGUCUGGAGAUAGCCGCCGCCGAACCUCUUUGUUGUGAGCUGCCAAAGGAGUCGGCUGAAGCUAAAGAGUCCAGUGGGGACACACAAGUGGACGGAGCGAAAGCAGCUAAGGAUGAGCAAGAGUGCCUGGACCCACAGCUCAUAGGGAAGCUCCCACUCAACAUCAGAAGAGUGUUGUGUGAAUCCUAUAGAGAAACACGCACUACUGGUGGUCUGUUGUCUCAGGUCACUGGGCGCCUGCGGAUGCCUUCUGCUCUGCAAAUGGAUUCGGCCCGCUCUCUAGCUCAGAGACUAGCAGGCUGGAUCCCAGGGGUGCCAAAGGACAUGAACUGGCUCUACGGCGUUGCUGGAGACAUCUACAAAAAAGCUCGGCAUGUCAAGGAGGAUGACUCUGAAAGUGAGGAGCCUCAGCCAUUAGAGCCGGACAUGCAGGAUAACAAAAAAGAAGAUGGAAACGCUCUACCGCUGACCCCAGAGACCACUCCCACCUCCGGUCUCCCCUUUACCUGGAACACAAACACUGAGUCAAACCACACUGAGUUGACUCCACCUCCUACACCAAAGCUCUACCCCAGGUUGGGUGAAGCCACCGUGGAGUCAGACAAACAGGAGUCAGGUAAAGAUUGUGGUUUGGACCUGAGCACAGCUGUGGGAUGCAUGCAAAUUAGAGCAUCUGAGCAACGUUCAAGCACCGAGAAGCCUGAAGACGCCUUUUCUGUAUUGGAGUAA